GCGGUAAUAGUCGAAGCGCUGAAGUGAGCGGAGCAGCCAUAUUGCCGCGCUGCGAGUUCAGCAGAGGGGAGAAUACGCGGCUGUAGCCCUGCCAUAGAACCAUCUCAUCUCAAAUCACACUUUCUCUGGAAGGCACUGUGGAGACGUCAUCUAGGAGGCUAUCCGAAGUAUUUGGAAACCCACUUUACACCUCUCCGCACAGACCCAGGAAAAGGAAACAAAAUGCCUAAAGCUGUCAAUGUUCGCGUCACCACCAUGGACGCUGAGCUGGAGUUUGCCGUCCAGCCCAGCACCACUGGCAAACAGCUCUUUGACCAGGUGGUAAAGACCAUCGGCUUGAGGGAAGUCUGGUACUUUGGCCUUCAGUAUAUGGACGGCAAAGGAUACCUCACCUGGCUGAAGCUUGACAAAAAGGUGUCGUCCCAGGACGUGAAGAAGGAGAACCCGCUGCAGUUCAAGUUCCGCGCCAAGUUCUUCCCCGAGGACGUUUCUGAGGAGCUGAUCCAGGACAUCACCCAGAAGCAGUUUUUCCUGCAGGUAAAGGAGGGCAUCCUGAGCGACGAGGUCUACUGCCCCCCGGAGACGGCCGUGCUGCUGGCCUCCUACUCAGUCCAGGCCAAGUUCGGAGACUUCACCCGGGACCUCCACCGGCCCGGCUACCUCACCUCAGACCGCCUGCUGCCCCAGCGUGUUCUGGAGCAGCACAAGUUGUCCAGGGAGCAGUGGGAGGAGAGGAUCCAGGUGUGGCAUGAGGAACACCGAGGAAUGCUCAAGGAGGAUGCCAUGCUGGAAUACCUGAAGAUCGCCCAGGACCUGGAGAUGUACGGAGUCAACUACUUUAACAUCAAAAACAAGAAAGGAACCGAGCUGUGGCUGGGUGUGGACGCCCUUGGACUCAACAUCUACGAGAAGGAAGACAAACUGACCCCAAAGAUCGGCUUCCCCUGGAGCGAGAUCAGAAACAUUUCCUUCAACGACAAGAAGUUCAUCAUCAAGCCCAUCGACAAGAAGGCCCCGGACUUUGUGUUCUAUGCCCCUCGCCUGCGCAUCAACAAGCGCAUCCUGCAGCUGUGCAUGGGCAACCACGAGCUGUACAUGCGCCGCCGCAAGCCUGACACCAUCGAGGUGCAGCAGAUGAAGGCCCAGGCCCGCGAGGAGAAGAACCAGAAACAGUUGGAGAAGACCCAGCUGGAGAACGAGAAGAAGAAGAGGGAGGCCAUCGAGAAAGAGAAGGAGCAGAUGGAGCGAGAGAAGCAGGAGCUGAUGAUGAGGCUCUACCAGUUUGAGGAGAAGACCAAGAAGGCAGAGAAAGACCUCCAGGAGCAGAUGCAACGUGCCACGCAGCUGGAGGUGGAGAGGAGGAUGGCGGAGGACGAGGCAGCCCGCCUGGAGGCUGAGCGUCAGGCCGCCCUGCUGGCCAAGGAGGAGCUGGCCCGCCACGCCCAGGACCAGAUGCACAACCAGGAGCAGCUGGCCGCAGAGCUGGCCGAGCACACGGCUAAGAUCGCCCUGCUGGAGGAGGCCAAGAGACGCAAGGAGGAAGAGGCCGACACAUGGCAGCACAGGGCCCGGGAGGCCCAGGACGACCUGCUGAAGACCAAGGAGGAGCUUCACAUGGUGAUGACGGCCCCUCCUCCGCCGCCCCCUCCCCCCAUGUUUGUGGAGGUGCCCAUGUUCGUGGACAACCACGACGUGAUGACUAUGGCGGAGGAGCAGAACGACCACGACAGUGAGGAGAACAACAGCACAUACAGCGCCGAACUGCAGAACGAGGGCUUCAACGACCACCGCCUGGAGGAGGAGCGCCUCACUGAGGCCGAGAAGAACGAGCGCGUGCAGAAGCAGCUUAUGGCCCUGAGCUCGGAGCUGGCCCAGGCGCGUGACGACACUAAGCAUACCCAGAACGACCUGCUCCACACAGAGAACGUGCGCGCCGGCCGGGACAAGUACAAGACCCUGCGGCAGAUCCGAUCAGGCAACACCAAGCAGAGGAUCGAUGAGUUUGAGGCCUUAUAAGAGGGCCCUUUCCCCUAGGUCACGAGGGCCUCACAGCCACGUACCCUUUCUGAAUAGUGUCUGAACUAAUCCCUCCACUGCUACGCACACACACACACACACACACACACACACACACACACACACACACACACACACACACUGACACACUGACUGA